AUGUGUGUGAAGACCAACAACGAAGGCGGGGAGCCUCCUCGGAGCGUUCAACAACAACUCCAACCAACUCAGGGACAGCAUCAAUCACAGCAACAAUCCCAACCUCAACAAUCUCAAGUGCAACAACAGACACAACUGCAGCAGCAGAUGCAGCUGCAACAUUUGCAACUCCAACAUCAAACUCAACAACAACAGCAUCAACAAUCGCAGCAACAUCUGACAGCCAAGAGAAGAAAACCUCUAGACGAUCUUUCGGCUGCUGUUGUUGGGGAUUGCAAACGGAAUAGAAUACUGGCCGAUAGUCAAGAAUUCCCUGAAUCUCAAGAAAACCAGUUCCCGUCUCUGGCUCCUUCGUUAACGCAUUCGCCCCCACUCGCGCAUCAGCCUGUCACUCAGACUAUGCCGGAAGACCUCAUCAUUCCUUCGCCACCGACCCGUAGACGAUCCUUACUCAUGUGGAACCCACGUCUCCGAGGGAAGGACGAACGUCGCAAGGUGUUGAAGAUCUCGAUCUCGAAGCUGAGGCUGAUCGAUGACCCUGAAGUAUUCCUCCGGAGAUCCGUUUUGGUGAACAACACCCUCAAAAAGCUGCAGAAGGAAAUCCGCGAUGAGAGAUCAUCCCAAAGAUUCUACGACGUCCGGAAUCCCUGGCGACCUGUCGCCGAGGAGACCUGCUUGGAAGCGAUGGAGCCGCCGAGCAAACGCAGAAGAGAAACAGAGGCCGAACGUCUAGAGUCGUCCGAUGAAGAAAUUUUCGGCGUAAGCUCAGACGUCGUGCGUGUAUCGGUUCCCAAACCCACUGGCGUGUCCUCGUCGUCGUCCUCAUCGUCGAGCAGUGAAAGCGAAGACGAGAGCGCGGAACAGAUGCUUCACAAUUCGGGCGGCUUCAAUUGUCAGACCUCGCCGCGCGACUCGAAAGAACAGUCAUCGGUCACAUGCGCCAGCCAGUUCCGAAGGUUAGAAGAUAGUGUUUCGGUACUGGACUCCGUGGUUUACCACAGCCUCAUCGCAUCUCUCGAGUCGUGACUACUUCUACGGGCUCCAACUGACACACUCCAGUGUAGCAGUCAGCCCUUGUAAGCAAGCAAGCGAGCGAGUGAGUGAGUGAGCAACCAUGCAAGCGCCCGUCAUGUGUUAAUUCUUCUCCGUGUAAUAUAUUGUUGAUGUUGCUGUAAAUAUAAACAGAACAAAUUGCGAAGCGAAUCCUCCAGCAAAUCAGUGAUCCGUGCAGAAAAGAGCACGAUUGAAUUCGCUUGAUCGGUCGGAGAAAAUGUUCUGAGCGAACAUUUAGUUUGUAGCAAAUGCAAUUAGGUACGUAGUACAAUCGAGAAAGAACGCCUGCCUUAAAACGAAACAGCGACGACGAUGCUGGGAAGCUUGACGACAAAGACCCACGAGUUUCCACCUCUAAAUGGACAAGGUAUGACAAUUCUCGUAUGACUUCGUAACAGCGUGUGGCGUGGCGUCAUGGUUUACGCCGGGCAUAUCAAAGCCGCCCGUAGCGUCCUCCAUUAACGUCCGCGGGAUAGCCGACUCGGAAUUUCAUCAGUUGAAAUCUCGAUCGUACUGUGAGCGCAUCCGCCCCUAUCGGGAGUUCCUAAGCGGAACAGCGAGUCCUACACCGAACCCUCCGUGGAGAAUAAUGUCAACGCUGUCAUCGUCGUCGUCGCUGCGGUCACACCUACGCGUGUGGUGCGAAGUGUAUCAUAAUGUGAUAUGGGACGAGCAAGAGUUUAUGCUGUGUGCCAGAACCCCUCAAGCUUACCAAAUAUUGUGUGAUAUUCCAAAAAAAAUCAUCAAUCUUCUGUCAUCUGCGCCAGCAACGAACGUCGGCGGAAAACUAUCAGGGGACGCUUACACUGGGAGGUCGCGACGGCAAAAUGAAUCUAACAAUCACAUAUCGGAUCGGAAUCGGACGAAAUGAUCGGGACUAAAUCCCCUCCACCCAUCCCCGGGAUCGACUCCUGCUUCCUAGGAGGGCCGACUUCCGCAAGAGCUGUGGAGAAGAAAAUUGAAGAAUCGCAAUGC